CAAGCAACUCACCACAAUACUUCAACUCCUCGACGACUCGACUCGAUCGAUACACUCACAACUGCCCUUUUUACAACAUAAGACCUACCGACUUUAUCUGCACAAAAAAUACUAUCCGAAUGACGGAAAUCUCGUGCUAGCCGCUUCUUCCACGACUUCGAUCGGGCCUUGCUUCACCUAAUGACCGUUAUCGACUUGUUUCUUCUCAGACAGCCCUUGCAAGCUGUCACUUGAAGAAGUGAACUUCGACGACAAGAACUGCCGAAGACCAUCAUCCCGCAUAUUCUUUUGAACACGUCCUUCCUCAGCGUACUACACACAUAACCACAAUGAUCCCCAGAGGUCUUGCUUCCGCCUUCGGGACCCCGUCCCUCGAGAUCGGCCAGAUCCUUCUCGGAAAUGCCAGCCGCUACACAAUUCAGAAGAAGAUCCGUGAAGGCGUCUGGAUUGCUACAAACCCAAUGGGCAACAAGUCCAUCGUCAAGGGUGUCCAAGGCAUCUCCGGCGCUCAGAAUGAGCACAACGUCCUCCGAAAGUUUCAGGGCAACCCUUUCCUCCGCCCCGUCAUCGACGAGAUCCAGCAGGACGCACCCAUGAUUGUUCUUCGCCACAUGGACGACCACCUGCUGAACGCUACAAUCAAGAAGCCCCUGACUAACCGCGAGAUUCGCUUCGUCGCCCGCGCCGUCCUCCGGGGGCUUUCCACGCUUCACAAGGACGGCUACGUUCACACCGACAUCAAGCCUGAUAACAUCCUCGUCAACUACGCUUCGGAUUCCGAGGCCGACCCCGAUCUGCGUUUCUCCGACGUUCAGAUUGGUGACCUGGGUGCCUCGUACUCGGUCGAUUCUGACGUCGCCACUAAGGGCUUUUUGAUUGGUGCUCCCAUUUGGACGAGCCCUGAGGUGCUUAUGGAGGUUCCCUGGGGAACUGCUAGCGAUAUCUGGGCCUUUGGUUCCAUGAUGAUUGCCCUUCUUCACGGCGGCGACUACAAUCCCUUCCGUCCCACCAACGCUCGCUACCACGACCGCAGCUAUGUCUUUGAGGUUCUCCGCCAGCAGUCUCGCCGCUUCGGAGCCAUUCCCGAGACCUACCUUGAGCGGGCUCGUCCCGGCAAGGCCAUGGCAGCCAAGGCAUUGACUGUUGGCCGCAAGGUUGAACCUCUCGACUUUCGCACCGCCUCCCACUUCAUCAACCGCAUUAUGCGUAUGGAAGCCGCCGAGCGUCCCUCGGCCGACCAACUUCUCGAAGAGAUGUCCGGCUUGUUCGAGGACUAAGACUAUCGUCCAAUUGAC